GUAAGGAAAGUCAUCUCAAAUCCACACCAGUUACCCUCAAUAGAAACGGUGCUAAUGGCCCAGAACAAGACCAUGGCUCUGCUCCUUGCCACCCUUGUGGCGGUGGUUGCGGUAGUACGAGCCACCGAAGAGAAGGAUAUAGAAGAAGCUGUGUGCUCAGAGCAUUGCAACGACGAGGAAAAAGAAGGCACCAUCGACCACAAGCACUGUGUAGACAUCUGCAUCCUCACGAACAGGGAACUUUUUGGGGCCUUGGAGAGAGGAAUGAAGCCCUCGAUGGAGCAAUUCAGCGCUUUGUGCAAUGAGGGGUGUAGCAAAGAAUUUAAGGAGGAUCCUGCCACCAACAAGAAGUGCGUAGACAGUUGCAUCGUCGAUGCUAAGGAACUCAAUGGACACUUAGCGAAAGGUGGCGCUUCUAGUGUUCCCGCACGUGCAUGAUUGUGUCGAGCUGCACAUCUGUUCCUUCAUCCAUGAUCGAGGGACGAUACCCAUUAAUGGUUCCCACCCAGCGGUCGGCCUUGUAUUACAUUGUCCUGUUGUUCCUUUUGCCUCUUCAAUUGUUUCAUUAUUUGGUGUUCAUAACUUCUAUGUGAUCGAUCUGGUCUGUUGUUCUACCCAAUAUUGUUACUAAAAGCAUUUGUUAUCUUUAAUUGAUUAAAAUAGUUCCAGUUGUGCUUUGUCUUUUAACAUUCAUUAAUAUACGGUCUCAUAUUCCA